UGUAAGUCGUGCUAUUCUAGCUACAAAGUUCUUACAAACAUUACAUGGUGCUUCGAGCUGGUUGGUAUUCUGUAUUCUGUUAAAAGAAAUUGGCAAAAUAAUAAUAAUAAUAAAGAAUACCUCUAACUCUACGGUGGGCCGGGCCUAGUACGAUGCGCCAGAAGAACCUCUCGGUGAGUCCAGCCCGUUGCAGAAGCAUGGCGGUUUCGUGAGCGAGGAGUGGGAGCCUGGGAGGGCCGGUGAGCGGCGGCGCGGGAGGAAUCCGGCGGCGAGUAGCUCCGCGAUGGCGCCGCAGCUCGGCGCGUCGGCCGCGAAGAAGCGGCGGGUCACUGAGGAAGCAGCGGCGGUGGCGGCCGAUGAGGGGGACCCCAUCCUGGCGCUGCCGGAGGACCUGCAGCUGCGCAUUCUGUCCCUGCUCCCGCUCAAGUCCGCCAUCCGCACGGGCGCGCUCUCCACGCGGUGGCGCGGGCUCUGGGCGCGCCGCUGGCCCGCGCCGUCCUCGCUCGACCUCCACCUCCGCUCCGGGGUCGACGACCCGGACCGGCUCCUCGGCUCGCUCCACUGCCGCGGGCACCGCCACCUCGACCGCUUCUCCCUCACCUUCCACUUCGGCGAGUACCGCCGCCGCCGCCUCCCCCACCGCUACUUCCGCGACGAGGACAUCAGCCGCUGCCUCGAAUACGCCGCUGCCUGCGACGCCGAGGACCUCAACCUCGACAUCGCCGACCACUUCAUGAGCACGGGCUCCAUGCUCCGCUUCCCGCCGGCCUGCCCCCGCCUCGCGCGCCUCUCCCUCCUCCACGUCGGCUACGUCACGUUCGAUUACUCCCUCCGCUCCGACGCGUACGCCGCCCUCGAGGUCGUCCAGAUCCACUCCGCCCGCUCGGUGGACAUCAACCAGCUUCUCCCGGCGUGCCCUCGCCUCCGCACCCUCGACCUGCGCGCCUGCAAGUUCCUCGAUGAAAUCUACGCCACGUCGCCGCAGGGGCGCCUCAGGAGCCUCACCGUCGCCGAGUGCAACCGCGUCACCCACCUCUACGCCGGCUUGGCCUCCGGCCUCCGCUCCUUCCGCCUCAGCAGUGCCCUUCUCCCCAUCUACGAGAUCGCGGCCACCGCGCAGCUUGACGACCUUUACAUCUGCCUACGGGGGCCAUGCGUAAGAUAUCCUCUCAAGCACUGGAUCCAAGCGCUUCCCAACCUCGCCAACCUCACGGUCCUCACCAUCUGCAGCAUUGCCCUCCGGAGAAUUUAUGCGUUGGCUCGUUUCGGAUCAGCUACUUGUUUGACUAGGCUGAGGAAAUUGCCGAGCUUGAAAGAGCUGCAGCUGCUGAUGUUUGAAAUGAAAAGCUCCAAUCUCGCUCAUAUCUAUAUGUUCCUCCAGACCUGCCGGUGUCCAAAGCUGGAGAGGCUCUUUGUGCAGCUCCCAUCAAGCAGUAGUGAUACUUUUGUAGGGAAUUCCUUGGAGGUGGCAGAGGAGGAUGAUUCAGAGGGAAGGCAUUCCGAGGAAGAUGUUACAGAGGAUGAUGAACCGGACAAAGAGCUUUCGGAGGAAGAAGAUACAGAGAGUGAUGAACCAGAGGAAGAGCUUUCGGAGGAAGAUGUGACAGAGGAUGAGUUAUUGCAGGAAGAACUGGUACAAGAAUAUAUGCUGAAGGAAAGACCCUACUAUGAGGAUGUGUAUGAGGAAGAUAUUCUGGGAGAAGAUGUGCCAGAGGAAGAUUAUUUUGAGGAAGAUGAACCAGAGUAUGACUUUGGUAACCUUAUGUUUGUAAGGAUGAUGAAAUUCAAGGGCCACUACUUUGAGUUGCGUCUAGUAAGUUUUUUGUUGAGGAAGGCCACUGGUCUAAAGAAACUGCUAUUGGUUGCUCCUAAGGGGAAUCUCAUGGACAGGGUUGGAAAUGAUCAUGUGGAUCUAUCCCCUUUUGUGGAGACAAAACAACUGCCUUUCAGAAGAGCUUCACCCAAUGUUCAGAUAAUUCUGAGCAAAUGUGAUUCUGCUGGAAUCCAGCCAGUGCAUGCUGAGAUUUUUUCCUAUUUCUAGUUUUCUCAGUUGAAGAAUACGUUAAUCUAGAUAAAUAGUAAGAACUUGCCAAGUGGAUAUACUGAAGGUGUUUUCGGCUCUUUAUCUAUAUGUUCCGUUUCCACCAUUAUUGUAUGAAAUGUGGAACAGUAAAGCCACUAAUAUAUGUAUUGUACACAGUGGGCAUGAUGUUUUGUGGUAUAGAUCACCUGGUUGUAUGAUUUAGGCAUUUUGUGCUGCUCCCUGAGUUCUCUCUCUACUCUUUUUUUUGUCUUUUGUUUAAUCAUGUUACCUUUGCCCUGUCUUGUAAAACAUGAUGUUUCCGAAGAAAAGUUGGCUAUCUUGAUUUCUUUUC